CAUAAAAUGAACUUCUACUUGUAUUAUUUUCAAUAAUUAACGUAGAAAUAUAAUAUUUUCGAUUAGGCGCCUGCCAUGGCAUUGUAUACGAGUUCAAAGUUCAUAAUUUUAGAAGCUUUUGUUGAACUUGGCCGAUUGUUUUCAUUCUCUCCAAGGACUAGAUAGUAUUUGUAUUGUAUAACCUUAUAAAUCGGUUUUAUCCGAGACUAAAUAAUGAUAUUCUCUUGUAUGCCUCUGGCAAUGUUUUGAUGCGAUGAUACAGUUUGACAAGCAGAGCAGCUACAGGCAGUGACAUAGAAGCAGAGUGCAUCAUUACUAUGGUAAAUAAGACUGAAGUUGACUUGUAGUGGGUUGCCGUAUUUUAGCUUUGGGCUAAUUACUAGAGAACAGUCAGCUAAUUAUAAUAAGUCAAAUUUUAAGCUGAUACAAUGCUACUUAAGUUGAAACUGUAACCAAACAUCAAAGGUAUCAAGACUAUAAUAAAGAUAUAAGCUUAAUAUUCAUAACAAUGCAAGUUCUUGAUUAAGAUGUCAAGCCAAAACAUCGAAGAACAAACGGAAAUGACGUCACCCUGCGAUGACUUCGACAGAGGAAAACACAAACGUCACGUAACUAUUCGUGACGAAGGUUAUUUUUCGUCGUCCAGCACACCUAAACCAGCACGACAAGGUACAUCCGAUUCUACGGAAAUAGAAUUAGAAAAAGAAACUGGAUUUUCUGAAGUUUCAAACAAAAUACAAUUACCAGACACGAAUAAUGUUAACUCUACAACGAAUCGUCCAACUUGGAAUAAAAAAGCUGAUUUCUUACUUUCAAUUAUCGGUUUUGCUGUCGAUCUAGCUAAUGUUUGGAGAUUUCCCUAUCUUUGUUACAGAAAUGGAGGAGGUGAGAAUUUAUUUCCUUAUUUUAUUUUACUUAUUUCAACUUAUUUAACUAAUCGAUACCCACUUUGUGUAGGUUAUUGCGCUGUACUAAUCUCAUGGUACGUGUCAUUCUAUUACAAUGUUAUAAUAUGCUGGGCAUUAUUUUUUAUGGUAUCAUCAAUAAGUCCACAAUUACCAUGGAUUCAUUGUCAAAACAUUUGGAACACGGAAACGUGUUUAGAAAGCGCUGACGUCAAUGGAACUUUACCGGGAAACAGAACAUCACCCGUUGUGGAAUUUUUCGAGCGAGAAGUAUUGGAGCUGCACUUGAGUGAAGGGAUUGACGAUUUAGGUUAUCCUAAAUGGCAAUUAGUGUUGUGUCUUCUUGCCGUGUUUAUUAUAAUAUAUUUUGCGCUUUUUAAAGGAGUUCAUUCCUCUGGAAAAGUUGUUUGGGUAACCGCUACAGCACCUUACAUUAUCUUAACCAUUCUUCUAUUCCGUGGGAUUCUUUUGCCUGGAGCAAAAGAAGGAGUGAUAUAUUAUAUUAGUCCUGAUAUAAGCAAGCUUUCAGAUUCUCAAAAUGAAGACUGCAUCAUAACCACAGCAGUAAACAGUUUUACAAGUCUUUAUAGUGGUUUUGUCAUAUUUGUUUAUUUGGGUUAUAUGGCCAAUAAACAUGGUGUACCUAUUAAUAAAGUAGCUGCUGAUGGACAUGGUUUAGUAUUUCAAGUGUAUCCUGAAGCUCUUGCAACUCUUCCAGGAGGUUCAUUUUGGGCAGUUAUUUUCUUUUUUAUGUUAUUAACGCUCGGUCUUGAUAGUGCUAUGGGAGGACUUGAAUCUGUAAUAACAGGAUUAAUGGACGAGUUUAGGGAUUAUCUGCAAUGGAGAUUUAGUAGACAAAUAUUUACCGCUUUUAUUAUAUCCAUAUCUUUUUUUAUUGGAAUAAUUAAUGUCACCAGGGUAAGAUAA